AUGAAAUGCGGAAAGAAGUUUGCAGAGCAGGAAAUCCUUGAUGCUCAUACGAAGAGACAUAGCGGCGAUAAACCACAUAAAUGCAGAAUUUGUCCAAAGCAGUACAAUUUUAGAGCUGACCUGAAAAGACAUAUGCUCUUGCAUAAUAAGAAAGCCGAUCCUUAUACUUGCACCACUUGUGGUAAGGGAUUUUCGAGGAGGGAUCAAUUCAAGACUCACUGCUUGAGCCAUGAGAGGAAAGCUGCCUUGCAUAAUAAGAAAAACUAUCCUUUUAUUUGCACGACUUGUGUCGCCGAGGAACCACUUGUACCAAAGCGUGCCACCGCUAAAGCGCAAGAAGAAAAACCAAAGCAUAAAUGCACAUUUUGUGACCGAGUUUUCACGAAAGUCUGCUACUUAAAACAACACACAAAUGCUCAUCACGAUGCCAAAAAAAAAUACAGGUGCAUGAAAUGCGGAAAGAAGUUCGCAUCGCAGGAAAUCCUUGAUGCGCAUUCGAAAAAGCAUAGCGGCGAUAAACCACAUAAAUGCCAAAUUUGCCCAAGGCAGUACAUAUUUAAGACUGACUUGAAAAGUCAUAUGUUCGUGCAUAAUAAGAAAAACUAUCCUUUUAUUUGCACGACUUGUGGUAAGGGAUUUUUGAAGAAGCAUCAAUUCAAGAACCACUGCUUGAGUCACGAGAGGAUAGCUGCCCUGUGCAUGAAAUGCGGAAAGAAGUUUGCAGAGCAGGAAAUCCUUGAUGCUCAUAUGAAGAGACAUAGCGGCGAUAAACCACAUAAAUGCAGAAUUUGUCCAAAGCAGUACAAUUUUAGAGCUGACCUGAAAAGACAUAUGCUCUUGCAUAAUAAGAAAGCGCAUCCUUAUACUUGCACCACUUGUGGUAAGGGAUUUUCGAGGAGGGAUCAAUUCAAGACUCACUGCUUGAGCCAUGAGAGGAAAGCUGCCUUGCAUAAUAAGAAAAGCUAUCCUUUUAUUUGCACGACUUGUGGUAAGGGAUUUUCAAGGAAGAAUCAAUUCAAGAAUCAUUGCUUAAGCCACGAGAGGAAAGCUGCCUUGUAUGAUAUGAAAAGAAGCCUUCAUGAAUAA